UGACGACAGUGGCCAUGGAUGGAACUUCGAGAAACCGCUCCAUCUGCGUUCCUACGGUACUCGUAGCCAAUGUGUUAGACAUGGUCGCAAGGAGUCGAAUGUACCUGGCGGCAGCAACGAUAAAGUCCGGCCCAGACAACAUCAACAUGAUUCCAAAGGUAUUUUUGCUGCGGAAGGGGCUAUUCCAUGAAUGAGAAGUCGUCAUUGCGCGUUCGCAGUGGAGUAAUGUCGUCAAGUAGCAAGUUGGCUGACAUGUGAGACUAUUCAUGCAGAUGCGAAUCGACCGGUCUCUGACUUCGAUGCCUGUCCAGACUGCGUUGCAGAACAUGACAUCAAACAGCAGGAUCUACGACUUUUGCGAAACAGCAAUUUCACCACGGUCAUGCGAACCGGUGAUAUCCAACAUACGCCUGCUCGAUCAGAAGGACAAGCAUCGCCACGACGUGAUAAUUCGCUCACUCGGAACUUACCUGCUGCUCGAGAAAUCGCUUCACAGGCUGCUUCAGACUCCAAGAAUCGCGAUCAACUCGUGCUCUCUUCCGACCUAGGCGAUGACCUCGAAGCAGUGGUUUUCGAGCGCGAAGGGAGGCUGGAACGCCUCAUCACCAAUUCCCGCAGUGGUCGUCCGACCAUGAUCCUAAUCUCGCGACUCGCUCAGGAGCUUCGAUGCGUAUCGGACGCCAUUGCUGCGCAGAAGGAUGAAUCACUGCAGGCAGAUAUUCCUGAUCAUGGGUCGACACUGUCCAAGUCCUCGGGGAGUUGUCGUCGACCGUUCUUUGAGUUUGAUGACUUUCCGAGCUGGACGAUGGCCCACGACAUUGAUACACCCGAGGCUCGCAAUCAUAUAUCAGAUCAUGACAGCCCAGGUGCAGCCAUAUCUUCAAGAAGGUGGCAUGGCCAUGAUCAGCGCUCGGACUCCGAGGGCGACUCUCUGGAAUAUCAAGCUCGCGGCCUGAGUCCCGCCUCCGAUUCCAUUAUAGUCGAGCAACGAGACCAGACGAUGAGUGACGACGCAGGGACGGGUCUUACCAUCGCCGAGAAGAAGUUGCUUCGGGAAUAUGGGCUGCUCGAGUCGCUAUCGCAGUUUCGCAGCCGUCCAGCAGAUCGCACCUACGACCAGAUCCCCGGACCACCUACCUCGCCUUUGACUUCACCCACACACAACCUCGACGAACACGACCCGACCGCUACCGCACCUCCAGCCCCAUCUACCGAUGCCCCGCCUCCAGGCGUGGCGAUCCCGAGGCCAUCGCCCGAAGCCCACUUACUCGACCCGACGACCAGCAGCAGCAGCGGUGCCCAAGCAGCUCCGACUCCGAGCGGCGGCGCUCCCACAGGAUCCUCGCAACAGUCGGUUCCCGGACCUAGCACACAGCCUACACCGGCAACCCCCGAAGUCCCCCUCCCGAUCAAGCGGCCUACGAGAUCCUCCGUCACGAAGGCCGAUCACGAGGUCAUCCGCACCGCCAUCCGGAUGCAGCGCUCGUUCGCGACGAUGCCGGCUGUCGGAGCCAUCCGGACGGCUGCGGCGAAGGAGAGGAGCGAGCGGAGGAGAAGGCUUGCGUCACAUCGAUUGUCUUGACGAUGGAUGAUGGUGCGUGGAUUCAGGUUUGCCGAGAUCUGUAGGGCGAACGGAGGAUUCGAUGGUUGAGGAUUGAACGGACAGUGCAACUCUACCAGGUUUUUUUUCUAGGCUUUUGCAAUGACACCUAAGCUCAGAUCCACCAGCAUCAAUUUGAGUUUUUCUAAGGGAUAUUUCUUCACUGUGAUAAUCAUGUGACAGGCGGGAGCCAAGAGAUGGAAGGUGUAUAAACCAUGCUGAACGCUAGUUCUUAUUCAUUGUCGGACAUUGCCCC